AGGGGCAGAAAUGAAAAAUACGAUAAAAAUGAAGUGUGCAAGUUGAAGAUGGGCGUCUCUGUCUGUGUCAAAUGCUCAUUCAUGACUUGAGCGAGCGAGCAUAGCACACGAUAUUUACAAUAUCCACACCAACAACAGCUUGCAGCAUAUUUUGAAGAGUAUCGCCAACCAGAAAUAUGCAAACGCAAAACGUCGUCGCUCGUCCUUCUGUGUUACCUAAUUUUUCACUUGACUGCCGCUGCAAAGCUUUUAAACAGUUAAAUAAUGUAAAUUUUGGGCUUCCAAGAGCAAGAAGAAAAGUCAAGGUUUCUCAACUCAAGGCUAGCUUUUGGGACUCCAUCAGAUCUGGGUUCACAAAGGAGAACUCCACACAAGUCAUUGAGCCACCAUCCACUUUAGAAGAAGAGGAAGAACCCUUGCCUGAAGAGUUUGUUCUCAUGGAAAACGCUGAGCCAGAUGGAGCAAUUGAACAGAUAAUUUUCUCUUCAGGUGGAGAUGUUGAUGUAUAUGAUCUCCAAGCUCUAUGUGAUAAGGUAGGCUGGCCAAGAAGACCAUUGUCAAAAUUAGCAGCGGCUUUGAAAAACAGCUACAUGGUAGUCACACUGCAUUCCAUGAGAAAAUCACCUGACUCAGAGGGGGAUGGCCAAAAGAAGUUAAUCGGAAUGGCUCGUGCUACAUCUGAUCAUGCUUUUAAUGCUACAAUUUGGGAUGUUCUCGUUGAUCCUGCCUAUCAGGGCCAAGGCCUUGGUAAGGCUCUUAUUGAAAAGCUUAUUAGGGCUCUUCUACAAAGGGACAUUGGCAAUAUAACACUUUUUGCCGAUAGUCAAGUUGUGGAUUUCUAUAGGAAUUUGGGCUUCGAACCCGACCCAGAGGGCAUUAAGGGUAUGUUUUGGUAUCCAAAGUACUAGUUGACUCUUCAAUGAUGUCAGGUUUAUUUAUGCUUCAAUUAAAUUGAUUCAUCUUGUAAGUUCAAAUGCGAAUUUGAGGAUCUGUUAUGGAGGUGUCCUCCUUGUAUAUCAUGACUGGUUGUAAUAUAGGGUGGUGAAGUUCCUAAAACGGGGAACAUUGGUUUAUUCCUACCUGUACUGUAUUAGCUUGAUCUAUAUCAUGUAAGAUAGUAGAAACUAAUUGUCCAACAAAUAGCUAUACUCUGUUAAAUUUCUAAA